UGUGGAAGCAGGACAAGGACAGAGGUCCACCCUGUUAACAUACUAAUGAACACAGAGGUGAUUUUGUACAUCCUCAUGAAUCCAACCUCUUCCCCCCUAUCUCUGGCCUAAAAAAGAGGACACUCUGUUGUGUUCUUUCUUUCCUGUGGGCCCCCAGGUGAGUUUCCGAGCAGAAGGUCUCUUGGUGUCCUUUGGAAGUCUUGAACGCAUUAGAGACAGGCCAGAUUUGUUGCAGGUUUGAAGGAUGGCUCUCUUUUCCUGGGUCACAUUCCUCCUCCUCAUCAUGAUAAAGACUAACUACUCAGAGACAAUUGUGAGUGAGAAAACAGAGCAUACCUGUUGUUGUUCCCUGGUUUCUUGUGGUACCCCUGGGGCAAAUGGAGCUCCUGGAAAAGAUGGAAGAGAUGGACUCAAGGGAGAAAAAGGAGAACCAGGCCAAGGACUCAGAGGUAUCCAGGGCCCUCCUGGAAAAGUGGGGCCUCCAGGGCCACCAGGGUCACAGGGAGCUCCAGGACCAAAAGGCUUAAAAGGAGAUAAAGGAGACAGCUCAGUUUCCUUGGCUAAGCUGUCAACUUUGGAAGGAAAAAUUCAAGAUCUUGAAAGAAAAAUGGAAAAGAUCAAUGAAUCUGUUUUGAAACUGGUCACAGCCUCAAAUACACAAAUCCAGAACCUUCAAGCUCAAAUGAACAGGAAUAAGAAAGUUCUGGCCUUCUCUGUGGGCAAAAAGGCAGGAAAUAAACUUUUCAUAACUAAUGGAGAAAGAGACACUUUCGACAAAGUGAAAGCUCUCUGUGAACAACUUGAAGCUACCGUUGCAACCCCAAAGAACAGAGAGGAGAAUAAAGUUAUCCAGGAUUUGGCCGGUGGCAUCUCAGCUUUCCUGGGUAUCACAGACAGAGAACAAGAAGGACAGUUUACAUACCUGACGGGAGGAAGAUUGAUUUACACCAAUUGGAAGAAAAAUGAACCCAAUGAUUAUGAACCUGGGGAAGACUGUGUAUUAAUGCAGAGUGAUGGGUUAUGGAAUGAUAUAUCCUGUACAUCUUCCUUGCUAACUGUCUGUGAAUUUCCUGCUUAAAUGGAUCCCUCAUUGGGCAUUGAAUGUUAAGACCCUUUACUUGUGACUCCAUAGCAAUGAUACCAGAAAAAAUGUCAGAACUUUGUAAGCUUCAAGUUCAGUUGCCAUAUUCUGCAUUGAAACACAUAAUUAAAAUACCUAACUCAUCCUGA